AUGGGGAAAGAAGGAGAAAAAGCAACGGAAAAGAAGCAGCAAGGAGAUAAAGAAGACAAGAAAGAAGACGAAAAUAGAAGGAAAGUAAAAGGUAGGCCAACGAGAGCAGAAGAGCUGGGAAAGCAGAGAGGGAGAACGGAUAGCCUAGGAUCAAUAAAAGAAUUUCUACAAAAAAGGAAAAGAGAAGAAAUAGAAGAAGAAACAGCAAAAGCAGAGAAAGAAAUAAUAGAAAAAUUUAGCACACUAAGAAAAAUUGACAGAUCACCACCAAACAAGAAAGAAAAGGAAGAAAACAAGAACAUGGAACUGAAGAAAGAGUACAAGAGGAGAGAAGAAAUAUGGGAGAAGCAAAGAGAGGCAAUGGAAGAGAGAAUAAAAAAAUUGGAAGAGAAAGCUGAGAAAGAAGACACGGAAAGAGAAGGAGGGAAAGAAGGAGGAAUGAUAAUAGAAAAAAUGAAGGAAAUAGAAAAAACAUAG